CCUUUCAUCUGCUCCCAGUAAUUUGAUCGCAGCAUUUUCUCGGGCAAAAUUUGAGGCUAUUUUGGAGCAGCCCCCUGAUCUUCAAAUUAAUCUCCUUUCUAAAUCCGUGGCUCACUUCGGAGGAAGCCUCAUGGCGGAGGCUGUAAUAAGCUCAUUAGUCCUGAAGAUCGGUGCUACCUUAGCUAGUGAAGCAACUAAAUCAGCAGCAGCACUGUUACUAACACGGAUAUCACCAAUGAAAGAACUCAUGAAGGAUAUAAGUGAGAUUAAGGAUGAGCUUGAGAGCAUGCUAUCCUUCCUACGGAUCGCAGAAAGAUUAAAAGAGAAGGAUGAGAGCACAAAAACCUUCAUAAAACAAACAAGAGACUUGGCUUUCGACAUUGAGGAUAUUAUAGAUGAGUUCACGUACAAGCUGGGUGAGGAGCAAGGAGGGGUUCUACCCAGAGCAAUCAAGAGGUGCAGAAAUAUAAAAGCAUGGGACGACCUUAGCAGCAAACUUAAAGAGAUCAAAAUUAAGCUCCAAAACAUUAUGGAGAGAAGGACACGAUAUGAUACAAGAGGAAUGGAAAGUGAAGCAAAACCUCAAAUAGCUGUUGGCAGUAGCAAGAGCUGUGCGGAAUUAGCACAUUUUGUCGAGGAGGAUGAUAUCGUGGGUAUUGACAAGUACAGGGACUUGUUGCUCGAAUGGUUGAAAGAUGAGGAUGAGCAGCAACGACAGCCCAUGAUAAUCUCAGUGUUGGGGAUGGGUGGUCUAGGGAAGACCACUCUCGUGACUCAUGUGUACAAUAUCAUCAAAGCUUCCUUUGAUGCUUGUGCUUGGGUUGCUGUAUCUCAAAGUUAUGAGACUCAUGAUUUGCUUAGACAAAUCUUAAAAGAGUUUCAUAGGGAAGAUCGUAAGAAAAGAGAAGUACCUAACAACAUUGAUACCAUGGAUAAAAGAAGCUUAGCUGAGAAAAGAGAAGUACCUAACAACAUUGAUACCAUGGAUUAUAGAAGCUUGGUUGAGGAAAUCCGCACUUACUUGCAGUGUAAAAAGUAUGUACUCAUUCUAGAUGAUGUUUGGAGUACUGAUGUACUGGACAAUAUAAAGAAUGCACUUCUGAAUAGUAAUAGCAAGAGUAGAAUAGUUCUCACAACAAGGAUUCGCGAUGUAGCUCUAUUAGCAAACGAGAAUCAUAUGUUUGAGCUAAAGCCACUGCAAGCAGAUGAUUCGUGGGAUCUGUUUUGUAAAAACGCAUUUUGGAAAAGUGCAAACAAGAUUUGCCCACCGCCUUUAGAACAAUGUGCUAAAAGAAUUGUCGAGAAGUGCGGUGGCUUGCCCCUUGCUAUCGUAUCUAUAGCUCGUCUCUUAUCAUUUCGAGAACAAACCAGGUCUGAAUGGGAGAAGGUUUACAAAGAUCUUGAGUGGUAUCUAACUAACAACGAAUCGAAGCUCCAUGGAAAAGUACAUGACAUUUUGAAACUUAGUUUGGACGAUCUUCCCCAUUACCUUCAAAACUGCUUCUUAUAUUGUUCAAGCUUUCCGGAAGACUAUACAAUUGAAAGUGACAGGCUCAUAAGGCUUUGGGUGGCUGAAGGGUUCAUUGAAGAAAGAGAAAGAACGAUGGAGGAAGUGGCCGAGGACUACCUUAACGAACUUGUUCAUCGCUGUCUAUUACAAGUGGCUGAGUGGAACGAAGUUGGUAGAGUUUAUGCAUAUCGAAUGCAUGACAUCAUUCGAGUCCUCGCUCGUUCGGAGUCAAAGGAGUUAAGUUUCUGCAUGGUUUGCGAGCAUUCAAGGACAAUAUUGCAGGGAUACAAAGCACGACGCUUGUCAAUCCUAAGCGAUAUAACUGAAUAUUGUACUGAAGAAAAAUCUCAUUUGCGUUCAGUACUUGUUUUCAACAAUUCCAUGAGGAAUGAUUUAUUGAAGUCGGUCUUAAGAUCAUCAAAAUUUUUACGUGUCUUGGAACUACAAGGAGCGCCAAUUGAGAAAGUUCCGAGUGAAAUCUGUAACCUCUUCAACCUGCAUUAUCUUGGUUUGAGAGAAACAAAAAUUAAGGAGCUUCCAAGAUCAAUCGGGAAGCUACAAAAUCUGCAAAUACUAAAUACAGAUAAAAGUGAAAUAGGAAAGCUGCCGAAGGGAAUAACGAGGCUUCAUAAGUUGAGACACCUAGUUUUAUCAGAAUAUGUUGGCGAGGGCAUCAAGGCACCCGUUGGAAUAUGGCGCUUGAAGGACUUGCAGACUUUAGGAUCUAUUGAAGCAACUAGGAAGAUUGUGCGGAAUGUAGAAGCUUUGACAGAGUUGCGGACAUUUGCGAUAACCGGCGUAAGAACCCAUCACUGUGCAGACUUGUGGAAUAGUAUCACAAAGAUGAACCAUCUUAGCAAAUUAUCUGUCGAAAGUGUAUUUAGGCAAGAAUUACAGCAGUUGGGCACCCUGCGCCUACCUCUGCCAAUUAAAGAAUUAUGGCUGGACGGUAAAUUAGACAAAACCUCAUUCUCUGAGCUUGCCGCAUCCUUUGGGUCUCUAUCAAACCUAACCAAAUUACAACUUUUGGAGUCAGAAUUGGAUGAAGAUACAUUUCCUUACCUGCAAGCGCUGCCUGCGUUGAUGUUUCUCCACCUUUCUUGCGCAUAUGAUGGCAUGAAGUUGCACUUCCAAGCAACAUCUUUCCCGAAGCUAAAGAGAUUGACAAUAUUAGAUGCCCCGAAUCUCAGUCAGGUGGAAAUAGAAAGAGGAGCAAUGGCAAGCCUGAAUAAGCUUCACCUAUCCUAUUGCCGGAAGCUAAAGGAGCUGCCCUUCGGCAUCGUGUACCUGACCACCCUUCAGGAUUUGAACAUUUUCUAUCCAGCAGAGGAACUUGUUGAGCUACUUCUAGGAGAAGGAGAAGGCGACCACAGCAAUGACUGGCGCACAAGGGUUCGCCACAUCCCGAAUUUUACUAUCCAGUUAAAACGAGACGGCAAGCCUGUCACAGAAAGGAUUCAGUACUGAUUC